CACAGCUAUCAUGUGGGCGGGACUCCAUCCCAAAUAUUCUCGUCGUGUGCUCACACACAUAGACGGCUCACACACAGCAUCUGUCGUGUGUCCUUCUAGACAACUGCACACAGCCUUGAACUCUGGAGUGCAGCAGCAACAAUCUAGCGCUUCCAUGGAGAUUAUAGAAGCAGCCGCACUUCGACAGCAACGGCGGAUUAAACAGGCAAUUCAGUUUCUUCACAAAGACUCCGCCGACCUGCUGCCCUUGGACGGGCUUAACAAAUUGGGAACCUCAAAAGAAAUGCAACCACAUAACAUUCUCCAAAGACGUCUUCUGGAAGCUAAUAUGUCACGCAGCAAGAUCAACAACAACCAUGGGAUUAAGCAGCAUCAAAACAAUCCCUGUCGCACUCUUUGUACCGGGAGAGAUGAGGACGAUAAUGACCUAAUACAAGUGGUUGGCAAGUGUGGUGGUCGAGAGUUAGUGAUUCUUGUUGAUACAGGCUGUGCAGUCAACCUAAUCACGACAGUUAGCUUGGAGAAACUGGGCUUAAAGGAGAAGGUUGCCUCAAGCAGAACAGAGGAAGACAGUUAUAGCACACUUGUUGGCAACCUGCAAACACAAGGACACGUUGACCUGAACUUGUCCUUUGGGCAAGUAAGGACAGAUUGUACCUUCACAGUUGUGGAAAAUGAACAGCCACUGGUAUCCCUUGGCACCAGGACGCUGAAGUCUCUUAAGUGUGUGAUUGACACAGACAAGCAAACGCUUACUCUGGGAAAAAGCACUAGAGCACAAGUCCGGUUCUCAAAUUGCAAAGGCACCCCUCUGGUGGGAAGCGUACUUGGAGAGAGACAAAUGUAAAUGUUUGUCUUCGUCAUAACUGCAGAUUGUGACCGCAAAGCCCUCUUCUGGCACAAUAGAACAGCUCAGAUGUGGCACUCCUUCAGCACUGGCAUUAUUCAGCAUCCAAGAGGUGGGAAUCCAAAUGGGUUUAUGUAUCAAAGACACCUCUCAAUCAUCCAACACAGCUCUCCUCCGGACCUUUUGUGUCUGUCCGCCUGUGUCCAAAUGUUUAUCCAACCACAGCACUGAUGAAUUAUAGAUGAAGAUCAAGUAGCACCUCAACACACACUGACACAGAGAGAAAAUCACUUUCGUCAUACACUCUUCUUUGUGAUCACACUUCUAGAAAUUGUUGAACUUCUAUUAUAUAUUGGUCAUUUAAACCUGUUUAAAAUAUUGGAAUGCAAAAAAAGAAAAAUGUAGUUUUAAGAUGUUGUUUUAAACUACUUAAAAGGAUACAGGGUAUUUAUGUGAUUUUAUUUAGAUUAUAUGCUAUUUAUUUAGUAUAAGCAUUCUUAAAUACAUGUUUUAUAAAGUAUAUUUGAUAUUAGAAUACCAGAGUAUUUAUAUUGUUUAUUGUAUGUGUUGCUUUAUGUAUUCCAAAGCAGACUAUUUCCGCUUUUUAUAUAGAAAAGAAAGAAUAUUUUAAUUACGUAUGCCGUUGUUUAUUGGCUUCAGUAGCUAUGAUGGAUACAACUUCCUUUCACUGUGUUUGGUGUAUUUGUCACAGACGCAAUAAAUAAACCCCCUUGGUGAA